UCGCAAUAGGUUGAAUUUCAGAGUCCAAUGACCGCCUACAAGCUGGGGGUGGGGGAUAAGCUUGGAACAUUUAAAACACAACGUGAAAACAACAAGGUCAAGGUGACACAAAUACACCUGGAACGAAAGAAGAGGAAAGGAAAGGCAAAGCAAAGAAUGAAGGCGUUAGGAUGGUGGCUUAUGCUUGUGGGUUCACUUCGCUUAGCCUCCGUUUGGUUCGGCUUCUUCAACAUCUGGGCUCUUAGACUCGCCGUCUUCUCCAAAACCACCAUGACUGAAGUUCAUGGAAGGACAUUUGGAGUUUGGACACUUUUGACUUGCACCCUUUGCUUUCUUUGUGCAUUUAACCUUGAAAAUAAGCCACUUUAUUUGGCUACCUUCUUAUCAUUCAUCUUUGCCUUUGGGCAUUUCUUGACUGAAUACCUAGUAUAUCAGACAAUGGCGAUUGCAAAUCUGACAACUGUUGGCAUCUUUGCAGGCACGUCGAUAAUAUGGAUGCUGUUGCAGUGGAAUGCACAUCAACCUAUCCACCCAAAGCAUUCUUGAUAUAGGAUGAUGUUUUUCUCAUUGCUCCAUUUUUUCGCUGAUGAAGAAUUUUCAUAUUGCUAGUUUAGUCCUUUUUAUGCCGGGCUUAUCUAUUCACUUGAGGGAUUCUGUUCAACAUCGUGUUAUCAAGUUAUGAAAAUUUAGCUUACCAAGAACUUCAGAAGUGUAUUUUUUAUGUUUUGACUAUCGUUUCACCAUGUUAGAAUGAUAGAUAAGGCGCUGGUGUUUCCUGCCCAUCCA